CGAAUCUUGACAUUUGACAAAUAAGGCAAAACCCGUCAUCUCACCUUUGCCUUUAAACCCGUCAGCCAGCUCGAAGGCGGCGCUUCCAGGUUGUCCUUCCACCCCUUCGAGCGUCUCCUUUUUCCCGCUCGACGUCGCCGGUGGACGUCUUACAGCCUACUUUUCUAUUUCUUUCUUCGUUCCACAACCUAUUGUUCCGACAUACCCGACAAACUAGCGCGCCGCAAAAAGCAGUUUGGGCGCCAUGCACUCUCGUUUAACGUACACCCUAGCAACUCUUCUUCUAUCUGCGGCAACGUCUGUGGCCUCGUCGCAUCUGUCUGAGGAAUCAGGCAUCCAUAGGAGACACCCCGCACCGGAGGAUACCAUGUUCGAGAGACGAGAACCCCUUCAAGCCCGAGACGAUUCUAGCUGUAUCGACCCUGAUCCUGCAAACACUGUUACGGACCGGAUGAACAUCGCUCUCAACUCUUCUGGGUCGGGAUAUGUCUUAUCGCUCUGCCCCGGAAAGCAAUAUAUUAUCACUGCGCCUAUAUUGUUCGCGGCACCCAACCAGGAGAUCAGCACGCAGGGAUAUCCGACCGGGAGCGACCGCGCUACUCUUGUUGUCGACGGACCGGUGUUCAACGGCACAGGCCACACGACGGCUGUCGACGGCACAUGUAAUAACUGCAGUGGUGUGAAGUUACGGAAUAUCCAGAUAAAUGGCACGCGGCUUGGUGCUCCCCCGACGGGUGGAGGAGCCAAUAUCGAAAUGGGUGGACGGAAUUCAGGCCAGCUGAUCGAAUACGUCAAGAGCUACGACCCUCGCAGUUGGUCGUGCCUGCACGUCCAGGAGGGCGGGCUGCAGUGCAACAACGUGACCGUCCGGAACAACGACAUUGGUCCGUGCGGCUCGGACAGUUUCCAGCAGUGGGCCGACGGUAUCAGUAUGGCUUGUGCGAAUAGUUUCGUCCUCAACAAUCUGAUUGACAACCCGACCGACGGCGGUAUCGUUUUGUUCGGCGCGCCUGGUACCCGGGUUGAGAAUAACACCAUCUGGGUGCACAAUCAAACACUAUUGGGAGGCAUCAACAUGGUUGAUUACGACCCAUGGCAGGGCGAUUACACCGGCGUUGUUGUUACGAAUAACACUAUUGCAGGUGGUUUUGCGACCGAUACCACCGACGAAGAUAAUGACCAGAAAGGGACCAAUUCCGAAGAUGUUAUUAUCAAAAUUGGUAUCGCCAUCGGCCCGCGCACUUGGUUUGGUGACCGUUACAAGAGCAACGUCAGCACGUCCGGAAUAGUGAUCAACAAUCAGCUCACUGGUGCUUUUGGCUACGGUAUUGCCAUGACCUCGGCCCGCAACUUCACCGUUGAGCAAAACGUCCUUGUUGGAAACACGUCCUUCAUCGGCUCGCGGGGACCGAACUGCAGCUCUACAGACCAGACUCCCAACCCGCAACCGUUUGUGAUUGAUUUCAACAGCGUGCAGUCGUCUACGACCCAGUUCGACUUCACUUCAGUACCGGAUGGGGACUCCCUGACGUGUGUGAUGCCACCGCAGGGUGGCGAUUACUGGCCAUUCGGAGGCAACCCCGAUCCCAGCUCUACUGCUAUCCCGGUCAGCGUUCCGGAGCCGUCUUCGUCGUCGUCGUCGCACCACGGCUCGUCUGCGGGCCGUACGGCUGGCCUGGCUAUCGGGAUCAUCGCUGGUGUUGCUCUCAUCGGCGUUGCUGCGUUCUUCAUACGCAGGUGGGCCGUCGCUCGGUCCGCUCCUCGAUCGAGGUUCAGGCGGUCGGAGUAUAUGCACAACAAGGAAUGGUUGUAGAUGGGACGAUAUGCCCAUGCUGGAUUUCUGGAUUCGUGCGUAUAUAUAUGGCAAGCUCUCUCUCGCUUGGCAAUUCCUGUCCUUUUUUGAGGACUUUGUAUCCUGUUCCGGUAUUCCUGCCUGCCUUAGACUCUUCUGUUGUGGACUGCGUCUGUGGUUCUACACUUAUCCAUAUAUCCCUUAGACUUUUGAACAGUACUACUAUGGUGUAAUUUGUAGUUGUAAUACCGUAUACCUAUUGUUCUACUAGGUACGAAGCAUGCGCACUACCUUGAGUGUCAUGCUCGUUAAG